AUGGAGCUGCUCAUCCUCCCAGGGAAGACCUACUCGCUCAAAGACCUCUCCAUCGCGGUUGACACCUCCACAGUGUCGCACUCCCAGAGUGCCAAGAACCUUGUGCUGCUGAGCCUGCUGACGGUCGGCGCCCAGACAGAAAUGAAGAGAGUCGUCGGAGACAACGCCACCCUGCCGUGUCACCAUCAGUUCUGGCAAUCCAAUGUGCAGUUGCUCGACAUCGAGUGGCUACUGCAGAAGCCCAACUCCAAGCAGAGAGUGAUCAUCACGUUUUUCGGGGGCCAGGUUUACACCAACGAGGUGACCAGCGGGACCAGUCGUCUGUCUUUCGCUGGGGACUACCUAAAAGGAGACGCCUCCCUGCUCCUCAGUGACCUACAGCUGACCGACUCUGGGGAGUACUACUGCAAGGUCAAGAUGGGGGGAAAGUACCACUGGAGCCAGGUCAACCUCAUAGUGCUGGUGAAGCCCUCUAAGCCACGAUGCUGGAUGGACGGCAGGCUGCUGGAGGGCAGUGAUGUUAAACUGAGCUGCAAAUCCAGUGACGGCUCAGACCCUAUCAAAUACAAUUGGGAGAGGGUGCUGGAUAAGGGAAAGAGUGUUGGGAACCUCCCCCUACUGGCACUGAGAGAUCUGAAGAAUCCAGAGAUUGUCACCCUGCGGAACCUGACGAAGGACAGUACAGGUGUCUACAAGUGCACUGCCAGCAAUGACGUUGGCGAGGAGAACUGCAUCAUCGAGGUCACCAUGCAGUAUGUUCGAGGGAUGGGCGUGCUGGCAGGUGCCGUGGUGGGCGUCUCCUUUGGUGUUCUCCUCAUCAUCCUAAUCAUCUGGUUCGUCUUCCGCAAGAAAGAGAAGAAGAAGUAUGAGGAGGAGGAGACUCCCAAUGAGAUCAGGGAGGAUGCAGAGGCUCCCAAGGCCAAGCUGGUGAAGCCCAACUCUCUGUCAUCGUCCCGCUCUGGCAGCUCCCGCUCCGGCGCCUCCUCAACACAGUCCAUGGUGCACAACACCGCCCCCCACGGGCACCGCCCUCGGGCCCCAGCCAUAGCUGCCCUUAAGGAGAAUGGACAGCCCCCUGACUUCCCCCAGUCCCCCCCAGCAUACACAACGGUGGUACCCCCCAACAAGACCCCUGAGCCCCCUGGCACCCCCAAAUUCAACAUCAACUCCAGGAACCAGAUCUCUGGACCCACUCCCCCCACUCUCAUGGUCCCUGCCCAGACCAAGGCCUUUCAAACUGUGUAGGAUGGAGAAGAAAGUCCAUCCUGGCUAUGUUGAUGUGUAAAACCCACCCCUUCAA